AUGAUUCAUCAUGCUAACAUCUAUACUUCCCAACCAUCAUUAUUGGCAGAUUCUUACGAAGGUUUUGAAAGAGAAAAGGUGAAAGAAUGGUACUUUUUUAGCCCGAGAGUAUGCAAAAAUGGAAUUCGUGCUACUCGAAAAGCACACUUAGGCUUUUGGAGAAUGUCUCAAUCAGCAAAGCCAAUCCAACAUAAUGGCAUAGACAUUGGCCUAAAAAGUGUUCUCAAUUUUCAUAUGGAAAGCAAUAAAAAGAGCAUCAAGACAGAAUGGAUUAUGCACGAGUACAUAAUAAUUGACGACAAUAACGAUUCGAAUAAUAGUAAAAAUGAUUUUGCUUUGUGCAAAAUAUACAAAAAUCCAAAGAAAUAUAAAAGUAAUAAAGAUGAGGAGCAGCAACUACAAUCAGAGGUAUUAGGAGCUCAAAAUCAACAAGAAGAACUACAAACAACCGAUGAACAACAACAAUAUUAUCAUCAUCAACAAUCACAACCGCAACCGCAAUCACAACCAUUCAUAUGCAAUGAUCAUUAUCAACCGCAACCACAAUCAGAAUCGUGUUCAUACAAUAAUGUUUAUAAUCAACCACAAUCACAGCUCUGUACAAAUGAAGAACUCCUUUCGCACAACGAUCAUUAUCAAUUACAAUUACAACAGCAACAAUAA